AGAGAGAGAGAGAGAGGAGCAAAAAAAUGGAUAAUCUGCCACCAGGUUUUCGGUUCUACCCAACGGAAGAAGAACUGAUUUCUUUCUAUCUACGCAGCAAGCUAGAAGGAACGAGACCAGACCUUGACCGGGUUAUUCCAGUUCUCGACAUUUACGCAAUGGAUCCAUGGCAGCUUCCAGAAUUUGCAGGAGAGCUGUGUCAUGGAGAUCCUGAGCAAUGGUUCUUCUUCACGCCAAGACAAGCGAGGGAAGCGCGUGGAGGAAGACCAAACCGAACCACAAGUUCUGGAUAUUGGAAAGCUACUGGUUCUCCUGGCUACGCUUACUCAUCAGCGAAUCGGGUAAUCGGAAUGAAGAAAACCAUGGUUUUCUACAAAGGAAAAGCUCCUACUGGAAGGAAAACUGAGUGGAAGAUGAAUGAGUAUCGAGCUAUCUUAGCAGAAGCCUCUUCUUCAACUAAUGCAACUCCAAAUCCAAUUUUACGCCACGAAUUUAGUUUGUGCCGGGUGUACGUAGGAUCGGGGAGCUUGAGAGCUUUCGAUCGAAGGCCCUCAGGAGCCACGACAAGCGAGAUGGAAAUGCAGGUACAGCAACCUCCUUCUGGAGCUGGGCCGACCAGUGGGACUGGGGACAUGGCUACCACAUCUUCUCAUCAGAACCCUCAGAGAAGUAGCUCACCGGACAGUGCAUCCUCAGCUGGAGAUGAUGCUCACCUCCCUCAGACUGGUGAAAAUACUGAUUGGGAGAUGACAGAUGACGAUCUUCAAUCCCUGUUAGAUUGGGGAAACUUAAACUGGGAUCAGGCUUAGAGCUCUGGAAAUUUGGAAAAUUUGUGUGAGAUCUCAUCCAAAUGUAGAUAUUUUAAUACUAGUUGUUUGUUUUGGGUACGGUUUAUUGAGAGAAUUUUCAGCUAAUUUCAUUUAAAUUCUGAAAUCACUAUUAUAUUCAGUUUAUGCACUAAAUUAAUUACAUUCACAAGAAUCUCUGAUUCGAAAUUUCGACGAUCACCCUCUUGUAUUGUACUAGAUUUU